GGUCAUCCUUUAAACACUGUGUGAGUAGCAGAAGAGGGUUGUGUCAGUUGCUGCCUUUGUGUUGCAACCACGGUCAGUUUGACAACUAGGUUUUAAUAACUGGUGGUGGGGCAAUUGCUGGCUAGAAAUUAACAAAAAAUCCUAAGCUUGACUUCUGGCUGCUAAGGAGAAUUAAGCGAGAAUUUCUGUCACCAAGAGAAAAACUGAAAUGCUUCAGGCAAACUGAUAAAAGGCUAAGUGUCUUGUCUGUACUUAUUGGGGUAUUUUGCACGUUUCUUUAGUAGACUUUCUGCCCCAGAACUCCUGUCCUGCACCCAUGGGGAGCUGCUACUUGGGCAGAUCACAAAGAGAGACAGGAAACUGGGGGAGGGGGGAGAUGGAGACAGUGCUUGAGGACUUGAAUGCAUGUUAACCUGCCAGGGAGCUCCCCAGUUUUUGCCUCUCAGUGCAUCAAAUGGUAGAUUCAGAGAUAUAGCUGGCCUAUGGCUGCUUCUCUUUUUUUUCAAAGGCAGUGCUACUUUGUUUAGUAUUUUCUCCAUGGGUUUAACUAGCUUAAAGUGGGGCUUGGUCAAAGGAACUGUUAGACUAUUUUCCCACAUGAUAUUUAUUAUUUCUCAUGAAUAACUUCUGCUUUUAAACUGUCUUUGUGGAAGUACUGAGGCUGUCUUACAAAGGCAGGAAUCUUCUUCCUUCUGACUUUCUUCCUUGUGGGACUCCUCAAGUCUUUUUCACUUUUUUGUGGCUUCCUCAGCAGAUGAGAUUCAACAUAUCCAGCCCGAAACCCAGCUUUACCACCUGUCUUCUAUACCCACUUGGAGCAUUAGAUGUGAAUGCCUUCAGUUCAGUUGCUGAAAAUGAGGAUGCGCUCCUCAAGCACUUAUUUGAAGGCUAUCAGAAAUGGGUCCGCCCCGUGGAAAACUCCAACGACACCAUCAAAGUCCUUUUUGGGUUAAAGAUAUCACAGCUUGUGGAUGUGGAUGAGAAGAAUCAGCUGAUGACAACCAACGUGUGGCUGAAACAGGAAUGGAUUGACCACAAACUCUCCUGGAAUCCUGAUGAAUAUGGUGGGAUCACUGCUAUCCGGGUCCCCUCUGAGUCUCUGUGGCUUCCCGACAUCGUUUUGUUUGAAAAUGCUGAUGGACGUUUUGAAGGAUCCCUGAUGACCAAAGCCAUAGUGAAGUACAAUGGAGUGGUGACCUGGACACCACCGGCCAGUUACAAGAGCUCCUGCACAAUGGAUGUGACCUUCUUCCCCUUCGACAGGCAGAACUGCUCCAUGAAGUUUGGGUCGUGGACAUAUGAUGGCAAUAUGGUGGACUUGAUUUUAGUGGAUGAAAAUGUAGACAGGAAAGACUUCUUUGAUAAUGGGGAGUGGGAGAUCUUAAACGCCAAAGGUAUGAAAGGCAACAGGAAGGAUGGGCUGUACUCUUACCCAUUUGUCACUUACUCCUUUGUGUUGAGGCGCCUUCCGUUGUUUUACACUCUUUUCUUAAUAAUCCCUUGCCUGGGAUUGUCUUUUCUAACUGUCCUGGUGUUUUACCUACCUUCAGAUGAAGGUGAAAAGCUUUCAUUGUCAACGUCAGUUCUAGUCUCCCUCACUGUUUUCCUUUUAGUGAUUGAGGAAAUAAUCCCUUCUUCUUCCAAAGUCAUCCCUCUGAUUGGUGAGUAUCUGCUCUUUAUCAUGAUUUUUGUGACCCUCUCUAUCAUUGUUACUGUGUUUGUUAUCAAUGUCCACCACCGAUCCUCAGCAACUUACCAUCCCAUGGCACCCUGGGUUAAAAGGCUCUUUCUCCAGAAGUUGCCUCGUCUGCUCUGCAUGAGGGCCCAUGUAGAUCGCUACUCGUUCUCAGAGACUGAAGAAAAGGGAACCACCUUGAAAUCAAAGUUUCUGGGGAAGCAAAAAUACAAGCAAGCAAAAGACGGAGAAAAAGUUGUUAUUGCCUUUCUGGAAAAGGCAGCUGACUCCAUUCGAUACAUUUCCAGGCACGUUAAAAAGGAGCAUUUCAUCAGACAGGUUGUACAAGACUGGAAGUUUGUAGCUCAAGUCCUGGAUCGGAUCUUCCUGUGGUUAUUUCUGGUGGUGUCAGUGACGGGUUCAGUUCUCAUCUUUACGCCUGCAUUACGGAUGUGGUUGAACAACACUUUGUAGAAAACACUCCCUCAGUAAUGCAACAAGUAUGGUGCCAAGGGAUGGUGGUGCCUUGGAGCUUGGUCUCUGCUGCACAAGAAGGGAAGCAGCAGCAAGAAUGAGGGAAAGUGAUGGUAACAGUGGGCAUUUAUUAGUGCUUUCAAUCUUAAUAAUAACUCUACCAGUUACAGAUUUUGCUGAAAUCAGAGAAGAGCUUGGUGCACAGCCAAGGCCUAAAGUGAACUGGGGUUGCACAACUGGGUUAUUAUUUUACUGUUAGCUUGGUUGUAUUACUAUAAAAGCCAAGAUUAUUAGUUAAAAUUGGAAAUAGAAGGUGUUGCAGAAUCAUUGUAAUUAAAAGGCAGAUCUGCCAGUUAAAAUGCUACAUUGUAAAAGAAGUUACAGUAGGAACACAAAUCUCUACUCAGUUUAUCUGUGUUUCCAAUUAAAAAACAGUGUCUACAGAUUGCUUUAUGCAUGUGUCAGAACUGGCAAUUGCAUAGCAUGUGCAUCAGAAAAAGUAUAAAUUCUUUUUAGAUGGGAUGCUCAAAACCUUGACUGUCUAGCCUCGCCUUGCUGUAGGAUCAGCUCGACAGGGGCAGAACCUACCGCUGCCCACCUGCUACCAGCCUUUAUGGCAUGUACACUUUGUCUCUUGCCUCAGCCAUCAGGAAGCUACAAGGUAUUGCCCACUUUUCAGUAUUAUUUGCAAUUUUGCUUGCUGCUCUGUAGCAUACCAGAAGGCUGACAAAGUGAGGAUUUUUCCCCAUGCUCCACAUUUAGGAACUAUUAUUCCUUCACCUGCUUGUUCAUCACUUAAGCGAAGGUGGUUGUGCUAUUCCAUAAGGCAACAGUGAUGUUCCUGAAAUGUUCAGCUGGAGGGAAGCUGCAGACAUUUCUUUUGGCAGAUGAAAGUUUUGGUUAUUGCAGGAAUCAGGUUUCUCUUGAGAGCUAUGGGGUGGGCUGGUCACCAGGAAGAUACAUUUUUAGAUCUUUCCUAGGCAAUUCAGAAUUUCACUCCUUUGAUUAAUUUAUUAUGGGAUACUUCUGCAUGAUUAGAAACAGCUCUUAAAAGUGUUAAAUAAGUGAGAUGUGACAGAAAACACCCAGGUGAAACUCUUGAACACAGGAAUGAAGCUGUCACUACUUUUGCUGGGGCAGUGUUUUCCAACAUGGCAUGCUUUAGAAAAUCCCAUUCAGAACUUGAAAAUAUUUUCAGGGUUAGCAGGGGAUUUGAAGAUACAAUUUUUGAAAAUCUAUAUAGGUGUUAAAGUUUUAGCUAGCCUUGAAACUGUCUCUCUAGAGAUGGAAGUUAGAAACUGUUAAAAAUACAUAGAGGUGUUCCUGUGCUUGGAUUGUGCAUGCACACCAGACCUCCAUGAGUUAAUGUAAUCCCAUCAUGUUGUGUCAAUGCAGAAACUUCUGUUCGAUUGUGCAAUUAUUAUUAAUAAAGAUGUAUUUAAUAAGUGA